AAAAAUGGCGGACGCCRGUAAAUGAUAUCAGACAAAGAAACGAAAGGCAUCGCUGUUUUGGUGUASUUUAAGGGGACUUAAACACUCAUUUCGAGAGAGUAAACAUGGGAAAACACAAGAGCAAGAAGCACCACAAGAAAUACGGUGACGAUGAUGAGAGAUCACACAAGUCAAGGUCAUCAUCGAUAUUAGAUUCUGGUGAAAAGCCUAUCAAACUAGUACUAAAGGUCAGUGGAGGCAAAGAAACCAUUGUAAACAAAGAAAAGAAACCAAAGAUCAAGGACCAUUCAAAGAAAAAGAAGAAGAAGAGAGAGAAAGAAGAGAAGGAGAGAAGGAAGCACAAGUUGGAUAUAGCAUCCAGUUCAUGUGCUUCRCCUGCUUCUAUGUCAAGUCAUGAUAAAUCAAAGAAGAAAAGAGAUAGAAUAGAAAUGGAAGGAGAUGAUAGUUUGAUGGACAUGGAAAGACCAAUAAAGAAGAUUCAUAUUAAACCAAUAGAACCUCCGCCCAGGCCAAAACCUGAACCUGAACCUAAACCAAAGGCCAAGAAGAAACCUAAAGCUGAUCCUACAGCAUUACAGCUUUGCCUGGAGAAUCUUCUAACCAUUAUCCAAAGAAAAGACGUUCAAGGUUUCUUUGCUUUUCCUGUUAAUGAUGCCAUAGCUCCAGGAUACUCCAGAGUCAUUGAGAAACCUAUGGAUUUCAGUACAAUAAGAAACAAAAUUGACAGUGGACAGUAUACAACUAUUGAAGGUUUCAGGGAUGACUUUCAUUUGAUGUGCAACAAUGCUACAAUAUAUAAUGCACCAGACACCAUCUACUACAAGGCUGCCAAGAGACUUCUACUGAUAGGAGACAAAAUGAUGACACAGGACAAGAUAAGAAACAUGUACCGUACUAUGGGAAUGCGYAUGUCAGAGAUAGAUACAGCCACCAAAGACUUGUCCGAUGAACCAAUUGAUGUCGACACCAUUGAUAGUGAUCAUCCUGUCAUUCCUGUACACACGACUAAGAAGAAACCAAAGCCAAAGAGCAGUAAAAGUGACACAAGACCAUCAGUGGUUGGCCGAAAGAUCCUGGCGCAAGUCCAAGAGGCAGCUAAAAGGGYGUCGGCACAGCUGAAGGAGAAAUAUCCCAACAGCAAGAUUGGAUUCCUUCGCCGUGGCAAGGAUGGUUCAACUUCACUGGCAUUUGUAAACCCUGACAGUGCUAAAGUAAUGUAUGGAUCGUUUGGCUCGUUCGCGCCAACCUAUGACUCGUCACGUGCCACUAUCACUAAAGAGGAAUCUGAUUUGCUGCUUAGUACCUAUGGCAACGAUGCAGGGGUGCACUAUGCACAAAGUAUUCAAGAAUUUGUCCGAGAUACGUCUUCCUUUGCUAACGGUGUCGUGGAUAAACUGCUGGACAUUUUGACUGACGGCGCACACUCGGUUUACACCAGUAAAAUGCGUGAGAAAGAAAAAGUGGUAGAGGAAGUGAAACCAGAUGAUAAGAAGUCCACUGAUUCUACAGAUAAGGACACAGGAACACCGCAACAUCAGCAAACGAAGUCUGCAGUUCCUCCGAAAGAAACAAAGGAUAAAACGAAUGCUACAAAGUCUUCAGCUGAUGUCCCAAUUGACUACAAGUCAUUAAUGUCUCUCUCUGAAGUYGGUAUCGAUGUUGCGUUCUUGAAGGAUAUUGCUGAUGGUAAAGUUUCUUCCCAGCAGGAACAACCUAGUUGUACUUUAUUGGAUCAACUCAACUCGACCAGUCGUUUGCUUGAAGACCUUCAAGAGGCWCAGAAUUCUCGGCUAUCUUCGCGUCCUGGCGAUCCACUGUCGUCAACACCCGAAACAUCAACAAAGCCUUCCGACAAAGAGCAGUCCAUAGCUAAUCGGCUGACGGAUACAUUGAAGAGYAUUACYUCUCAAGUAGGYCCAGGUGCUGUGUCAGAAGUGGAGAGUUUGAGAGCAGCGAUGGGUAUAGGACCUGUGGCUGUGACCCCAGUAGNCACUCGACCUCGAGGUCUAAUUUUUAAUUAUUACGACCUAAGGGAAACUUUGUAG